AAUUAUUAGUACGACUAAAGCUAUAGCACAAAUAUUGAAUUGCGUAAAUUACGUUCAAUUCAUUUUAUACUUUCAUUAAGAAGUUUUUAUUCAUAUUACAUCGAUUUGUGAAGUUUUUCUCAUGUAAAUAUUCGUUUUCCGCGAAUACUCGUCACCGAUUAUGAGUCACCUACAAAAAAAGCAAAAAAUGUACAACACAGAUCACCAGAGCCAUUAUGAAAAUUCAGUGGAAUCACCACCAAAAAUAUUCAAUUUGACCAUCGAUUGCUUCGACGAAAUAUUCGAAUAUUUGAACAUGAAAGAUUUACAUUCAUUCGGACAAACAUGCAAGCGAAUGAACAAAGUGGCCGGCGAAUAUUUCAAACAAAAUCAUUCAUCGGCUGAGAAAUUCUGCGCAAAAGAUGGAAUUCACACAGUUUAUUCGGACAAAGACGGUGUUAUAAAUGAACGCAUUCAAACAUCUGGUUUCAAUAAUUUCAUGCCAUGCAUUUCACAUUAUCAUCGUGACCUCGGUCCACUCAAAUAUAUUAAAUCGCACAUCAGUGAAUUUGAGUCAACUAAACACAUUUAUCUGGUGGAAUUGGAAAUUACUAACGGAAGAAUUGAGCAUUUUAAACAAUUGUUACCCCAAUUGGAAAUUGUCCAACACCGCGGUUGUACGUUGCAUGGUGACUUUUAUGAUUUGAUAUUGAAAUAUUGUAAGAAUUUGAGAGAGAUUUAUAUUCAAAAUUCAGCUGCCGGUAACCGUAUAAAUGGUAAACUCAACUGGUUAUUACAAGAAUAUCCAAAGCUUGAACGUUUCGAAUUGAUGCCUCGUGAUUCUUAUCAAUUUGAAGAGCUGCGUAAUUUUUUCGUACGCAAUCCAAAUGUACAGAGAUUUUCAACUACCGCUGGUUUUUUGUGGAAGAAUGGUGACAUAUUUUUAAAUUCCAAUGCAAAAUUGGAUAUAUUGGAACUUAAAGGAUUUUACUUUUCUACGUGGUUUUCAUCAGUUGGGAACCAAACGUCAAAAAUUUCUUUGGAAUUAUUAAAUCAACUCCAUGAACAAGGCUUCUAUAAACGACUAUACAUUUACGUCGAUGUAGUUGAUGAAUUUGACAGCACUUUAUUUGCCUCACUCAAAGGUCUGGAGUUAUUGUGCAUUCGAUGGUUCGACGAGAGUUAUAAUUUAGCUCAAUUGACCAAUCUGAGAGAAUUAAUCAUUUUGGAUAGAUCGAAAGCCAAGGAUAUGGAAAUUUUAGCAAAUGGACUGAUAAAACUCGAACGUCUUUACAUUGAUUUGGCUAGCUUCGAUGACAUUAUGCCAUUCAUUCGUCGAUCACCGAAAUUGAACAAAAUCAAAUUUUUACCACGAAACAAGGGUGUAAUUUUGAAUUUGACACUGUUGAAUAUCGAACGUGCCAAGUUGGUUGGAGCACGAAAAAUAAUAAUUUAUACGCGUGACGAUGUCUUCCUGGCUACUAAAUGGACGACCAGAAACGGUGACACUAAUUUGAGCUUCAUUGAAAUGAUACGAUCGGAUUCGCUUGAAUGGAAUCAUCAUUAUUAAAUAUAAUUUUUUUGAAGAAGAAAUUUUUUAUUCAAAUCUUCAGUCAGAUCAAUAUUCGGUUUAAAUUUAAAAUCUUUGCAAAUUCAUUUUUGAAAAAAAGCUAAAGAAGUUUGUCUUUGUCUUACCAUUUAUAUUUCACAUUACUUUUUCAAAUUUUAGAACUGAAAAAGAACGGAGAAAUUGAUUCCAUCAUAAUCUGAGUAAAUUUUUGAAUAAAGGAAAAUCCAAACAUACAAGUCUUUUUCCCUUUCAAAAUGUAAUUUGAAGAAUACGGAAGUACAUCAACAAAUAGUUGUUGAUGGCUGAUUUCAUAUAAUAACACAUAUGUUAAGAAGUAAACUCCUGGAGAAAUGUUUAAUUAAAUAUCUGAAAUAAGGAAUACAUGAAUUUAUUAGAAAAUAUAUCAUAUAGUUUUCAUUUUUACUGACAAUUAUUCACACAGAAUGUGUCACCAGUUUCAUAAUUUUAACGAUUUUUUUUAAACGGUUGGAAACGAUAAACGUCAAGAAAAUAGAAAAAAACGAUGAAAAACGUCAGAAGUAAAAUAAAUGUCAAAACCAUAUCUAUUUGUCAUUGUAUCUAUUUUUCCUUCUUAUAAUUAACAAAAUAUUAUUUUUGAGGUCCCAUUAAAGAUUUGCUAUGAGUUAUCUACAGAAGAAGCGGAAAUUUUCUCACUCAGAUAACAAAAAUCAUAAUGAAGAUGCUGUGGCUAGUACAUCAAACGACGAAUCUCCGCCGAAAAUAUUUAAAUUGAACAUCGAUUGCUUUGACGAGAUAUUUGAAUAUUUGAACGUGAAAGAUUUGCAUUCAUUCGGUCAAACAUGCAAGCGAAUGAACAAUCUGGCCGGCGAAUAUUUCAAACAAAAUUACUCAUCUGCUGAGCAAAUCUGCAAAUAUGAUGGAAUUUACAUGUAUUAUUGGUACAAAGAUGGUGUUGUAAAACGCAUCCAAACAUCUGGUUUCAAUAAAUUUAUGCUGUUCAUUUUA